AUGGAUUCAUAUCCAUCGACUGGAACCUCAAAGUUUGUUGACCUACUUAAUAGUCAACAAAUUGUUUCCUUUGGAAACUAUGAAGAUAGUGCUGAACUAUCUUCUUCACAACUUCCAUUUCUAAGCAGUCAAGUUUCCGAAGCCUCAAACUUCGAUGGAGACACUGGUGCAGAGCGAAGAGAGCGACAUAAAUGGACACCAAAGGAUGAUAUUUUGCUCAUCAGCUCGUGGUUAAACACGAGCAAAGACCCUCUGGUUGGGAACGAGCAAAGAUCAGUCGCCUUUUGGUCAAGAAUUACUGCCUAUUUUCAGACAAGUUCAAAGGAUGAUGGCUGCGAACAGAGAGAGCCAAACCAGUUGAAGCACCGUUGGCACAGGAUCAAUGACAUUGUGUCCAAGUUCUGUGGAGCGUAUGAUCUGCUACUAGGGAGAAAAAAGAAGAAAUUCAAUCUAGAACACGCAUGGAGGGAGCUGCGGCAUGAUCAGAAGUGGUGCGACCUUGCCACUGCUAAAAACGAAGGGACAUCGAAGAAGAGGAAGUGUGACGACGGUGCAGAUUCAUCAACCUCUCAAGCAACUGAGAACAAGCGUUCCCUAUGUGUUAAGAGUGCAAAGACAAGUGGUAAGAAGAAGGUGGUAGACGAGAAUUAUGUGAAUGAACGGUUGUCUAAGUUUCAGAGUAUGUGGACAAUCAAACAGGGAGAUUUGGCAAUGAAAGAACGGUUGUCUAAGAUGAGUCUGCUUUACUCUCUUAUUGGAAAAAAGGAACCUCUAGCUGAGUACGAAGAGCCCCUCAAGAAGAAGCUCAUCAAUGACUUGAUAUCUACUUAG